GUCUAUGGAUUUAAAAGCAAUGUAUCUCAAAUCUAUGGAUAAAAAAAAAUAAUGACAAUCUAAAAAUAAAAUGUCAUUUUUAUCAAGAAAUCGGAAAAGCAUUACAAUAAUCAAUAUGGAGACGAAAUCACCUGAUUUCAGUUGAUUGCAAAGAUUAUUAUAUAUCACGUUUCUUUGGCAGCUGACAAUUUAAAUCAAGAUGAACGGGCCUUGUCACGGACCAUGGGGUCCGUGGUACUCCAAGUGGGCGCCUUGGAACUAUUAGCAAGAUAUUCAAUGAACUCUGGACGAGCCACAAGCGUUCUCUCCUCUCUACACGAGUUUAGAACUCAUGAAGUGGAAUUAGUGGGUGGAAAUCAAUGGAAUUGGAAAUAUUUAAGGGAUCAAUUCGAACAGAAAGAUCUAGAAGGCCUGUAUAGAAAAUAUGAUGACAAGUUAAGAGAGACACUCAUCCACAUUUACGUAAUACUCUUAAUAUGUUUCACUACAACACAUCUUAUACUAGCUAUAGUUGGUCCUUUACCCGAGGACAUAAGAACACAAUCAACAUAUCUGACGUCAGCGAUGUACUUUCUGAGGGUAGCAAUACCAGUCGUGAUUUUGUGCAAAAAAAUCUACGAUCCGCUGAAACAGAAAUGUUACUGGAUACCCAUUCUUGUCACGUUUGUGGUCACUGUGGAUUUAGUAGUCACAGAUAUCGCAGUUACCAUCUACACUUCCCAUGAGGGUAUUUAUUUGAGGCCGGCAUAUGCCACAAUGGCCUUGCUAUCUAUAUACAUAUUCUUACCGAUGAGAAACAAUUUUUUGGCCAUCAUCCUUGGAGCCCUCGUCAGUGUGAUAUAUGUUUUGAUCUUCGCUUUUGUGACGUAUUAUCAAAAUCCUCAGGUCGGCGAAGUGGUAUCAUCAGACAUAAUUUACCUGAUCGGUGUCAAUCUAAUGGGAGUAUAUUUCAGGCUGAUGAACGAAAUCGUAACAAGACGGUCAUUUUUGGACCGGAGAGCAUGCGUUGAGAGUACAUUGAGAUUAAAAUUUGUUAAAGACCAAGAGGAACGACUGAUGACCAGUAUUCUCCCCGAGCACAUCGUUUCAAAAGUCCGCCAAGACAUUAGAAACAUGUUUAUGGGUCUAGAAACACAAAAUAUGGGCUAUGCCAUGAGGUCAUUUAAUCAGCUUUAUGUAGAAGAACAUGAUAAUGUAAGCAUUUUAUAUGCCGAUGUUGUUAACUACACAAUGAUAUCGACAACUUUAUCGCCAAUGAGGAUGGUGGAACUGUUGAAUGAACUCUUUGGAAGAUUCGAUGAGGCCUCGGAGGAAUACGAUGUCCUGCGAAUAAAAUUUUUAGGCGACUGCUACUACUGCGUGAGCGGAAUACCAAAACCCACAGAGUUUCAUGCCAAAAAUUGCAUCGAUCUGGGACUGGAAAUGAUCCACAUUAUAAAAGAUGUUAGAGAGAAACGAGCUCUAAAUAUUGACAUGAGAAUCGGAGUUCAUUCUGGCAAAAUAUUAAGUGGUCUAAUAGGUAUAAGAAAAUGGCAGUUUGAUAUUUGGUCAAAGGACGCAACGAUUGCAAAUAAAAUGGAAUCUACUGGCAAAGCUGGGAAAGUGCACAUCACAAAGCAAACGCUUGAAUUAAUUAUAGAUUUUGCUAGGGAGUAUAUUAUAGAGCCAAAUUUUGAAUCUCAAAACGAUCCUUUCAUUAUGAAAAAUAAAUUGGAGACUUAUUUAAUUUCAAGACCGAGCAGACCUCUAGAAUAUCCCCCAUUUCGCAGAGCUUCUGUUGGAUUUAAUAAGAUAAUAACGAAGUCAUCAACUUCUAGACGAUCGGAUACUAGAAGUUCAACAAAUCUCCGUAGAACAACAUCCUUUAUGGACGAAAAUCUGGUAGAAUACCAACAAAUGCUAAAAGCAGCCGACGCUCAGAUGGCUAAAGAGAUUGAAGAUAUGACUAACGGCAAAGAGCACUUCAAAAAAGAAUCAAAAGUAAACCGAUUUACAUUAAUGUUUCAAAACUUUCAACUGGAAAAGACAUAUCUGCUUUUGCCUGAUCCAUUAUUUAAAUAUUACAUAACAAGCUGCCUUAUUAUUCUCAGUUUAAUAAUACUUAUCAAUGGCCUGACGACUAAUUGGUUUGUAGGUUUUUGUUGGUACACCUGGGCAGUUUUUGGCGCUCUCUUGCUUAGCCUCAUUGUUUUACAACCUCUGACCUGGUUUCAAUUCGUAUGGACAAAAUACAAAGGCGUCGCAGAACCAAAAGGCGAAAAGUUGCGUUUUAUCUACGAUGUAUCUGCUAAAAUAAUACGAUCAGCAAAGAUACGGACGUGUUUAUACCUACUAAUAAGCAUUGGACUUGCUGCAAUGUCUAUUAUCAACGUUAUAGCCUGUUAUGAAGUUCAAUUUGAAUGUUCUGAAGGAGUAAGAGUGAUAUCCAAUUGUGUUUCGUCGUGGCACGUGACACAAUGCUGGGGAUUAGCGUUGUUACUAAAUUUUCUAUUCAGCAGGGUUUUCUUCAUUUUCAAAUGGAUCGUAGCAGGUGCAAUGACAAUUUUCUACCUUUGGAUCGUGUGGGAAACCAAAACUAGUUUAUUUGCUAAAGAUGCAACUUGGAAUGUCGGUUUAGAUCCUAGAAUAUCUCACACACUCUCUAUAAUUUUCAUAACGAUUACCUUGUACUGGAUUGAUAGAACUACGGAAUAUAGAAACAGAUUAGAUCACUUAUGGCAAUUACAACUUAGUGCAGAACAAAAAGAAGCCGAGACUAUGUUGAAAGUAAAUAAUAUGCUUCUAGAAAACAUAUUACCUGGACAUGUUGUUCAGGUGUAUCUAAAUCUAAAUAGAUCUAUAGAUGAACUAUACUACGAGAAGUAUGACAACGUUGCAGUUAUGUUUGCUUCUCUGACAGACUACAAACUAGGCUUAGAAGGUGAUGCAGACAUGAGCGACAAAUUCGUACUGAACAUAUUAGAUGAAGUCAUAUCGGAUUUCGAUAGGUUGCUUCUUACUGGAGCUUCAGUACACAAAGUCGAGAAGAUCAAAAUGGCCGGGUGGACAUACAUGGCUGCUUGUGGCUUGGAUCCAAGCAGACGCGAAUCGUUAGAAUCUAUAUCAUUGACGUCCUCGUCACGAUUCAACAGCCCCUACAAUAAAGCUGUGGUUCUAACAAUGGUGGAAUUUGCAGCUGCAAUGAUGAUGCAACUCCAGAAUUUUAAUCGCGGUUCCUUUCAAAGUUUUGAAGGACUAAACUUGCGCAUAGGUAUUUCAAACGGGCAAGUUGCUGCAGGCGUUGUGGGUUCAUUAAAACCAUUGUACGAUAUAUGGGGUCAUGCAGUAAAUAUGGCUUCAAGAAUGGAUUCCACUGGCGAAACAGGAAAAAUACAAGUCACAGAGAAUACUGCUAUUAUUUUAGACGAAUGCGAUGUCCUCACAAUGUAUCGUGGUGAGACGUUCGUAAAGGGCGCAGGAUACAUCAAAACAUACUUCGUCCCACUGGAUGAAAACUUCAGCCUGAUCAGGAAACAAAACAGUUCAGAAUACUAUCAGACCGAAGAUAGUAAUCGGUACUAUAAUUUGGGAAACAGCAAUUUUAUAAUUGACGAUGAGAUUCAAGAAGAUCAUGAAUACUACACUUAUGAUGCUAGAAAUCUGUCCUAUACUGGCGAUAGUUCAAACUAUGAUGAGGAAUCCUUCACGCCAAGAGAUAGUGCUAGUUACAUGUCAUCAGGGAGCGAAGUACGGGAAACGCGGUGCUAAUAAGUAUUUAGUAGUUCACUCAGUUCGGUAGCACAUAUUGGGUAAACUUUUUUUAAGUGAACUUCAAAAAGCAGCCAGACUUUGCCCUGGAGGACUAUUUAUGAAAAUUUAAACAAUCAUAUUAUGAAUGACUCACAUUCAAAUUCCCAGGAACUGAAAGAGUGCGUUUACAGUAAUGAUUCUAUUAGUUGGUAUUUAUUAUUAAGAUACGUUAUUUUUUGUUAAUAAUUUGUAAAACGCU